GGGGGCGACGGCGACCCGGCCCGUUCUCUCUCGUUCUCGCUCCCUGGCUCGCGCCACGACCCGACGCGUCAACGACACCCCUUGACCCUGUUGGUCCCGACCUGAUUAGCAUCGGCGAUUCAGGCUUUCCAAGCACGCUCGCGUUUGAGGAAGCCGCGGCGGCACUGUCAUCGCCGUGACUUGGCACGUCUCAAGCAUCCUCGCGUAGUGAUUGCGCUGCCUUUGACCCGGGAUGCUUUCAGCGCUGUCUGCUGUCCACUCUCCCUCCCCAACAGUAUGGCUCCCAACGAGGAUGAGUUUUCACGCCUCUUGAGCCUGUUGGCUCAGAACCAUGGCACCUCCUUUGCCAGCGUGGGCACGGCUUUUCAGACUGAGUUUCCCGAGCGACGUCGCUUCACCGUAGCGUCUGGAUUGGCGGUUCUGCUUGAGCAUCCCGACCUGUUACCCUCGGUGCACGACCGUCUCAACGCCAUAUUCAUCCUAUAUUGGGGCUACCACAAGGAACCCCUCACUAGCAAUCCGUUCCUCGUCGUCUUUGAUCGCAUUCUCAAGGUGCCGGCCCACGAUGAAGCUCUCCACACCAGCUUCAAGCCCUUUUCGCUCACACCCUGCGAGAAGGACUUUGUGGCCCAACUCUACAAUGGCAACGGCUCGCAGCUUCUUAAAAGCUCGGCCAAUCAUUUUGUAACAGAGUUCUCCGCCAUGCCUCAACCCGCCAGCAGCCUACCCGAUGCCUCCCAGCUCAUGGCCAGCCAAAACGCACACCAUCCCCAGAUCCCCUACGUCAGCUGUAUCCUGCCCUAUCCGGACCGCAGCGUUCCAGAAGCUGAUGUGGCUCAGACUACCGAAUCCGCCAAGCAGCUCAUGCUUGAAGCUGGUAACCUCCUCGCACAAGGCAACGGGCCCGACCUUCAACCCCGAUUCGUUCGCAUGCCACCACCUACCCUGCCCCUCGGGGAUUUCGAGGCCGCGUGGCUGGUGCCCCGCGAAGCCAGCCAUGAACUUCGAUGGGACGUUUCCAUUGGACGAGAGUCCUCAGCCGGCUCCGAGGUGCGCACCAUGCUGAGACUUGCGUGUCAGCAGGCCCUCACAAGUGAACAACACGAGAGUUUUACAGAUCAACUCAAGGCCGACCCCCACCUGGUAUUUCACAUUGGACUGACUCCACAAAAGCUGCCGGACCUGGUUGCCCACAACCCGCUCAUUGCCAUCGAGGUGCUUCUCCAACUCAUGCCAUCUAGCCAGAUUACAGAAUACUUUUCCGUUUUGGUCAACAUGGAAAUGUCCCUCCACUCCAUGGAGGUCGUCAAUCGCCUUACCACGUCGGUAGACUUGCCCACCGAGUUUAUCCACCUGUACAUUUCCAACUGCAUUUCCACCUGCGAAAACAUUGCGGACAAGUACAUGCGAAAUCGCCUCGUGCGAUUGGUAUGCGUGUUCCUCCAGUCUCUGAUUCGCAACAAGAUCAUCAACGUCAAGGACCUGUAUAUUGAGGUGCAAGCCUUUUGCAUCGAAUUUAGCCGCAUUAAGGAGGCCGCCGGACUCUUUCGCCUCUUGCGGGCGUUGGAAGAGAGCGAAGGCCGAGAUGCCUCGGCCAGUCAAAAUAGCACCGCAACCUCCUGAGAGUCGCGUGUGCCUGCCUCCCACCAUAUCGUCGUAACGUGGGAUCACGCGAACAAAUAGGCACGAGCGCCACAUUCGCUGGCAGAUAAUCGAUAAUGAUGAUGG